GGAAGCUCAGUUUCAAAAUUGGGCGUGUGGUGUAGUGUUUACACAGAAAUCAAUUUAUAAUUUACUCAGUGGAAUAAUAAAAACUGGACUUCACCUUCCAACCUACAACUCUUUAAUAAGUGCCUUCCUGCUUUAAGAAAAGAAGACAUUCUGCAACGGGAAGCUGCAUGGUUGGCGCUCUGUGCAGGGAUGGCAUUGGAGGAAAGGGCUCGGAGCAGUUUGCUGCGCUGUCGCCACAGGCUGGAGCAGGACAUCAAGCCCUCCUACCUGAUGGACCACAUGAUCAGUGAUGAUGUGCUGACCGUGGACGAGGAGGAGAGGAUCAUGAACAAGCCCAACAGAAAAGAUCAGGCUGCUGCUCUGCUCGAGCUGCUGCUGAUGAAGGACAACCGUGCAUUCAUCUCCUUCUACAACGCGCUGGUCAAAGAGGCCUAUGAUGAUUUGGCUAAUCUGCUUCACGGUGACCUACCGCAAACAUCCCCUGAUAAACAAAAUGGCUCGUCCGAUGGCUUCACAUCUCACGUCCAAACAGUACUGAGUGAAGGCGGUGUACCGCAGAGGCCUGUUGUGUUUGUCAGCAGACCAGAGCUUGUGAACCGGGUCAGGGAGAAACUCUACCGGCUCCAGAAAAAGACCGGCUGGGUCACUGUCUUUGGCAUGGCAGGUUCUGGUAAAUCUGUCCUGGCUGCAGAGGCAGUCAGACACCAAGGACUCAUCGAAGACUGCUUCCCUGGAGGGAUCCACUGGUUGUCCAUCGGUCAGCUGGACAAACCCGAUUUGCUUGUGAAGAUCCAGUCCUUGUGUUUCCGUCUGGAGCAGAGCCUGGAUUCACAGUCUCUCCACCGGCCCUCCAGCUCUCUGGACGAGGCCAAGGAGCGCCUGCGCUUCCUCACGCUGCGCAAAUAUCCAAGAUCUCUGCUGAUUCUCGAUGACAUCUGGGACAGUACCGUGUUGAAGGCUUUCGAUAUCCAGUGUCGGAUCCUUUUAACCACCAGAAACCGAAGCCUUGCUGAUUCUGUUAGUGGUGGGAAACAUGAGGUUGAAGUGGAUCGUGGUCUGGAUGAAAACAAGGGACUGGAGAUCCUGGCUCUGUACACUCAAACUAAACUCCAGGGACUUCCCGAAGAGGCUCGCAGCAUCGUCAAAGAAUGCAAAGGUUCCCCUCUUGUAGUGUCUUUGAUCGGUGCUCUUCUCAAAGACAAACCCAACCGUUGGCGUUACUACCUCAGUCAGCUGCAGAAGAAACAGUUCAAGAGAAUAAAGAAGUCGUCAUCUUAUGACUACGAUGCCCUCGACCAAGCUAUGGCUGCCAGCAUCGAAGUCCUACCUGACGAGCACAGAGAGCUCUACAAGGACCUCACUGUGCUCGAGAAGGACAUCAAAAUCCCUGCAAAGGUGCUGUCUGUGCUGUGGGACUUGGAGCUAGAGGAGGUGGAAGACAUCCUCGAGGAGUUUGUCAACAAAUCUCUGCUGUUUGUGGACAGUCACAACAAACCCUGUCUGUAUUACCUCCACGACCUCCAGCUGGACUUCCUGGUGGAGCAGAAUCGGACUCAGCUCGAGAGCCUUCACUCUAAGGUGGUGCAGCAGUACCAGCUGCACUACAGUGACGGUCCUCCAACAUCAGGAGACGAGGAAUGCCUCUACUGGAUCAGAUUCCUCACACACCACAUGGCCAAAGCCAACCUCUCCCAGGAGCUCUACUCGCUCAUGUUUUCUCUGGACUGGGUCAGCAUCAAGGCCCGGAUCAUGGGUCCAGCUCACCUCAUCAAUGACUAUGUAGAGUACGGACCCAUUCUGGACAAAGAGAACAGUGAAGUGCGCAGUCAGUUCCAGGAGUUUCUGUCUCUCAACGGCCACCAGCUGGAGCAGCGGCCUUUCCCUGACGUGGUGCAGCUCGCCCUCUCUCAGCCACAGACCUCCGAGGUCCACAGACAGGCGCUGCUGCAGGCGCAGGGUCGAGCCAGCAGGGGGAAAAUCUACUUUGACUGGCUGAAUAAGGAGAGUGUAGAGGGUCUGUCCCGUCUGGUGAUCCACCCCCACCAGGGCUCCAUCUACUCUGCCUGCUUCUCCCAUGAUGGAGCAAAGAUCGCCUCCUGUGGAGCCAGCAAGACGCUCAGGGUGUUCAAAAGCACCUCAGGCGAGAAGCUCAUGGAGAUCCAGGCCCACGACGACGAGGUGCUCUGCUGUGCCUUCUCCCCUGACGACCGCCUCCUAGCAACCUGCUCCAGUGACAGAAAAGUCAAAGUGUGGAACGUGGAGCGAGCCAUGCUGUUGAGGGUCUUCGAGGAGGAACAUGAAGAGCAGGUCAACCAUUGCCAGUUCACUAACACAACACGGCGCCUCCUGCUGGCCACCUGCUCCAAUGACAACUUCAUGAAUGCAAAGUUGUGGAACCUCAACAAGCCGUCCUCCCAGAACACCAUGUUUGGCCACAUAAAGCCAGUUAACCACUGCUGUUUCUCCCCCGAUGACACCUAUGUGUCUACUUCCUCCAACGACGGCACACUAAAGCUUUUCCAGGUGUCAUCUGCUAACGAGUGGAAGACGAUCAACGUGAGAGACAUGUUUGCGGAGAGCGACGAAGAAGAGGUCCUCGUCAAGUGCAGCACCUGGACUGCUGACGGCAAACGCAUCAUAUGUGCAGCCAGAAACGCUGCUUUGGUGUUCAACGUGGAGACAUCGGACAUGUUGUUGGAGAUCAGAACGAAUCGUCUGAGCACGGUGCAGUACUGCCACGCCUGCCCCACCAGUAACCUGCUGGCUAUCGCUUUCUCGAACUACGCUGUGGAGUUGUGGGACUUGGAGUCCAAUAAGAAGAUGGCCGACUGCAGUGGUCACCUGAGUUGGGUGCAGCGUGUGCAGUUCUCUCCUGACGGCUCUCAGCUGCUCUCCUGCUCCGACGACCAGACUGUCAGGCUGUGGGAGACCAAGAAGGUGCACACCUCGUCGGCUGUGUGCCUGAAAAGAGACUCUGACAUUCUCUUCAACGGUGAAGAAAUCGUCGUGUCGGCUGCAGACAACUGCAACAGACUGCAGGUGCGGGAGGGCAGGACAGGAUCAGUCCUGUUCCAGUCGGAGGAGAUGUCGUCCAGGAUCCGCUGUACGUGUAUGUGCAGGCAGCCCUCUGCUGUUGUCCUGGGACAGGAAGAUGGAACUGUACAGGUGUUGGAGGUGCCUUCAGGGAAGCUCCUGGCCACCCUGCUGGGACACACCAAGACGGUGCUGCACUGCAGGUUCACCCAAAAUGGCCAGAUGCUCAUCACCUCCUCCGAGGACACCACAAUAAGGGUGUGGAGGUGGCAGUCGGGGGAGUGUAAAGUGCUGCAGGGUCACAACGAACAAGUCAGAUGCUUCUCCAUGCUCUCCAGCUCACCUACUGACACCAGGCUGCUGUCCUGGUCCUAUGAUGGCACAGCCAAGUUGUGGGACUCAGAGAGCGGCGAGAAGCUGCGCGACAUCGAGGCUCAUCGGGGAGCCAUCCUCUCCUGUCAUGUCUCGCCAGACGGAUGCCUCUUCGCCACCACCUCUGCUGACAAGACUGCUAAGUUGUGGCACUGCGAGUCGUGGCAGUGUGUCGGCACACUGAGCGGCCACCAGGAAUGUGUCCGCAGCUGCAGGUUCUCCUGGGACAGCCGGUGCAUCGCAACGGGAGACGACAACGGAGAGAUCAGGCUCUGGAGCGUCAAAGACGGCUCUUUGCUGAAAAUUUGCUCCCGUGAAGGUAAAGACGCCAUGGACUCACUGCACGGAGGCUGGGUGACCGACCUGCACUUCUCCCCAGAUAACACUCUCCUGGUCUCCACCGGAGGCUACGUCAAGUGGUGGGACGUGGAGAAAGGUGAAGCCCUGCAGACCUUCUAUACGUCGGGAACCGCCCUGAAGAGGAUCCACGUCUCAGCGGACUUCUCCACUUUCGUCACCAUCGACAACAUGGGCAUCCUCUACAUCCUGCAGAGGGUGGUUUAAACAAAAAACACCAAAAUGGACGGAGACAUAAUCAAAGACUACACUUUUCUUGCGAAAAUCUGAAGGGGUUAACCACUUAAUACCCAACCCCCCCCCCCCCUGCACUCCUCUCAGCAGCUUUACAACAGAGCCUUUACUUUCACUAUUGUGGGCUCAACUCGCCUUUAACAGUUUACACCAGCUUUAAAUAGAAACUACUUCAGUGACAAUAAUCUAUUGGGAGUGAAGAUGCGCCUGCUCCAAUCUCUCUGUUUACACACCUGAAGAGUAGAUUUAAAUAUCUGUGUUUUGUAGCUAAUAUGAAGCACAAACUCUUGAAUCAAUCAAACCUUACAAGACGAUCAACACACUAAAGAUGUGUGAUACUGGCAUCACUUAAAAAUGUGAAUCAUUAGUGUAAAUCUUUGUUGCAAUGGGGCUGAGUGUUAUUGCAUGUGAUGUUUUACACUCCACUCUUUAUAAUCUAUGUAAAACUAUCAUGCUGAGCCGCUGGAUGUCAUGGAGUAUAUCUGACUCGUCAAUGCUGUGAUUCUUUUGUUAUGUCUGUGUUUCAGGUUAAAUCAGCUGCGUCUGGUUUUCAGCCUUUUCAUUUAGAGCCUUAUUAUUCUGAAUUGAAACACUACUUGAGGCUUUGUACGUUUUGUCUACGAGAGUUUCUCAAUCCACCAGCAUAGAUAGAACUUUUGGUGCACUUUGAUCAGCAUUAAAGAUUAAUAGUGGGAUUAAGUUUUAAUGAUUGAGAAUUUAUCAUUUGAAUCUGAAAGCCUGUGGGUCUGUUUGUACAUUUGAACUUUUUCUACUUUUGAACUUUCAUCAAAGGUAAAUGUCUUUCUACAAAAAAAAAAUGCAGUAUGUGAUUUAUAAUUUAUAACUAAAAUUUCCACUUGUUAAAGGAUUUUCUUUUUUGUGUCUUUAACUGUGUAAUUUUCUUCUUCUUUUUUUUACCACUUCUUUGUAAUUUCACAUACAAUCUACUUCUUGCAUUAAUGUUGAGCCUUUGCCUGUUCUGAGCACUUUGAAGCAGGAGUUACAAUCGUUCAUGAAGCUUUUCACAGCGUGCUCUUUCUGACUGGUGCUUUAACGUCGUAAUGAAAUUCAAUCAGUUGAUUCCUUCCAGUUAAGAGGUGUGUGUGUGUCUUAAGAAACGUGCAAAAGAUUGAUGUCUGCUCAGGAUAUGAUGACACUGUUAAAUGAUGUGGUGCAAUGUGAGUGUAAUUUAUAAAAGAUUAAACUAUUAUAAUAAUG